AUGGAAGAUAGCUCUACGGUCCUUUUUCCGGUAGAGGUAGAAGGUUAUGUACAGGCGAUAUCCGACUUUGAGUUGGAAGAUAUAGGAGAUCGCAAAUGGAUGAAACAACAUGAAUAUAUUGACAAACUAAACAUGCAGGCGAUAUUAAACGUGAAACAAGGCAAGGAUGAGUAUGUUAAAGAAGCAUUCAUCAGCCAGGAUAAGAUAUCGCUAUUGGUCUAUGAUCUACUGCUGACCGAAGUUUGGAAAGAAAAAAUUUUUGAAGAAUUGCUGAAAGAAGGCUUUAAGCCACAAUCUGAGUUUCCAUGCUAUAUUACUUUAUAUCACGAAGCAGCAGUGGUAAACUUAUUAGAAACUCUGAUGUAUCACAAGGAAUCCUGGGAAGCUGUAGGUGAUGUUUGUCUAGACAUAGUUGAUUACUGUCAUCGGAAAUUAACACAAUUAAUAGCAAGGCAAGAAUCUAAAACGGAUUGGUAUCCUGGUAUAGUAUCUGAAGAGCAGAAUCUGAAAUACCAAAGCCUUCAAAUAGAAUUUGACAUCGCUGCCAGGACGGUAUCAAUAUACAAUCUAUCAGAUAUGGUAUGCGUUAUGGCUAGACUUAUAGAUAACUCUCCGUGGAUUAGGACUACAAAGAAUGGUGAUAUGGAAAAAUAUAUUGAUUCGAAGUGGCAGAAAGUUGCUCCAGAUGAACAUUUGAAGUUAUCUAAAAUCGAGGGUCAAAUAUGGAUAGCAAUUUAUCAAUUAUUAAUGAAUGAUGACUUUCGAGUAAUGUACAAGAUGAAUUCGUUCAAUAAGAAUCAAAUUUUAAAGCUGAGAAGUCAUUUAUCAGAAGUUAUCAUAGACCAGAUACCUAAUUUGAUCGAUCUACGGCAAUAUCUCGAGCAACUAGCUCUUGUUGACCCACCAGAUGUAAAAGCAGACCUCAUUUUAGAGCAGAUUCCGGAAAUUCGCCACAAACUGCUAUUAAAAUACGACGGAAAAUGGGAAUAUAUUAUCAAGAAGCACCAAGCAACUUUCUCGCCGUCGAACGAUGAAUUAAAAGCCGUAGCAACUCAGUAA